AACCGAGGCGGGCGGCGGAAGCUCGGGGGAAGGACUAUCCGGGUCAGGUUGGGCGGCUGAGGUGGUCGCCAUGGCGUAGCCGAGCCUGGUCUGCACUUGGUCAACCACGCCCCACGGGGGGGGGGGCUGUAUCGUUUCUUCAGGGAGAGGCAAACUGCAGAAUUGUCAUAACAAUGGAGUUGAUGCUAAAUAAAUUGAAGAGCACUGUUACAAAAGUGACUGCAGAUGUUACAAGUGCAGUCAUGGGAAAUCCUGUAACCAGGGAAUUUGAUGUUGGUCGGCACAUUGCUAGUGGUGGCAACAAACUUGCUUGGAAAAUAUUUAAUGGCUUUAAAAAGUCAACAAAACAGGAAGUGGCAGUCUUUGUAUUUGAUAAAAAACUUAUGGAUAAAUAUCAGAAAUUUGAGAAGGAUCAAAUUAUUGAUUGCUUAAAACGUGGAGUUCAGCAGUUGACAAGACUUCGACAUCCUCGGCUGCUAACUGUGCAGCAUCCACUAGAAGAAUCCCGAGAUUGUCUAGCAUUUUGUACAGAACCAGUUAGUGCAAGUUUGGCUAAUAUACUGGGUAACUGGGAGAAUCUUCCUUCACCCUUACCAUCUAACAUUAAAGAAUAUAACUUGUAUGAUGUGGAAACGAAAUAUGGCUUACUUCAGGUUUCAGAAGGCUUGUCAUUUCUACACAGCAGUGUGAAAAUGAUUCAUGGCAACCUUACUCCUGAAAACAUAAUUUUGAAUAAAAGUGGUGCAUGGAAAAUUAUGGGAUUUGACUUCUGCAUUCAAUCUAUAAAUCCAUCUGAGCAAGAGCCAAAAUUCUCUUCUAAAGAAUGGGACCCAAAUUUACCAUCUUUGUGUCUUCCAAAUCCUCAGUAUUUGGCACCAGAAUACAUCCUUUCAGUAAGCUGUGAAACAGCUAGUGACAUGUAUUCUCUAGGGGCAAUUAUAUAUGCUAUAUUUAAUAAUGGAAAGCCAAUUUUUGAGGUCAGCAAGCAAGAUAUAUAUAAAAGCUUCAGCAGACAGCUGGAUCAGCUUAGUCGGUUGAAUUCCAGUAAUCUUCAGAACAUCCCAGAAGAUGUCCGUGAACAUGUGAAAUUGUUGUUAAAUGUCACUCCUGCAGUCAGACCAGAUGCAGACCAAAUGACUAAAAUACCAUUCUUCAGUGAUGUUGGGGCCAUGACGUUACAGUACUUUGAUUCUUUAUUCCAAAGGGAUAAUCUUCAAAAAUCACAGUUUUUCAAAGGGCUGCCAAAAGUUUUACCAAAACUACCUAAGCGUGUUAUAGUGCAAAGAAUUUUGCCUUGCUUAACAUCUGAAUUUGUAAAUCCAGACAUGGUACCUUUUGUUCUGCCUAAUGUUCUGCUCAUUGCGGAGGAAUGUACCAAAGAAGAAUACAUUAAAUUAAUUCUACCUGACCUCAGCCCUGUAUUUAGACAACAGGAACCAAUCCAGAUUCUCUUGAUAUUUCUUCAAAAAAUGGAUCUACUGCUAACCAAAACACCUCCAGAUGAAAUAAAGAACAGUGUUCUGCCAAUGGUUUAUAGAGCCCUAGAAGCACCAUCAAUUCAAAUACAGGAACUCUGUUUAAAUAUAAUUCCCACAUUUGCCAACCUUAUAGAUUAUCCAUCAAUGAAAAAUUCAUUGAUACCAAGAAUUAAAAAUGCAUGUUUACAAACUUCAUCUCUUGCUGUGCGUGUAAAUUCCUUAGUCUGCCUGGGAAAAAUUUUGGAAUACUUGGAUAAGUGGUUUGUUCUUGAUGAUAUUCUGCCUUUUUUGCAACAAAUUCCUUCCAAAGAACCUGCAGUCCUUAUGGGAAUCUUAGGUAUUUACAAAUGUACAUUUAGUCACAAAAAGCUGGGAAUUACAAAAGAACAACUUGCAGGAAAGGUGCUCCCACAUCUGAUUCCUCUUAGCAUUGAGAACAAUCUUAAUCUAAAUCAGUUUAAUUCCUUUAUUUCAGUCAUAAAAGAGAUGUUAGGUAAAUUGGAAGCUGAACACAAGACCAAACUUGAACAAAUCCAUCUUAUGCAGGAACAACAAAAAUCUUUGGAUAUAACUAAUCAAAUGAAGCCACUUGAAGAAUCAAAAGUUAGCAGUUCAGGCAAUCAAGUGGACAAAAUGUUAAGCAAUCUAGGAACUAGUGGACCUGAUUGUAAAGAGAAUGGAUUAAUGACAAAUCAAAGAAAGGGGUCACUUACACUUGAAGAAAAGCAGAAGUUAGCAAAGGAACAAGAGCAAGCACAAAAACUGAAAAACCAACAGCCGCUUAAACCCCAGUCUCAUGCAAUUAUUGCACCAGUGAAACAGACAAAGGACUUGACUGAUACUCUGAGAGAUAACAUAGCUUCAUUGACCACUCAACCCAUCAGCAAACCUAAAGUUCCUUCUUCAAGUAGCUUUUCUUCAGUGGGUAUUGGAAUGGGAUUUUCAUCAUCUGUUGAAAACACUAAGAGAAAUGGACUAAAUGCUAAUAUGGGGUUUCAGCCUUCUGGAUUUGGCAUGGGGAUUGGUACCACAAGCCAGAAUUUCUUUGGUAAUACUGGUGUCACUGGAAUGGCUAACAUGAAUAUGUUGCCAACAGCAAACAUGCCAUCUUAUAGCCCUUUGAACACUACAUCGCCAGUUGUGCAGCAAAACAGGCCAUCUGAUAUGUCUGCUUUAGAUAGCCUAUUUGGGACUCAAAAACCCAAAGUUAGUAUGAAUCAGUUGUCACAACAGAAAACAAACCAAUGGCUUAAUCAAUUUGCACCUCCUCAGGGUACUGCCAAUAGUUGUCCUUUGGGAACACAGAUGAAUGUAAUGGGACAAACUGGCUUUGGCUUACAGGGAAAUCCUUUCUUUAAUCCUCAGAACUUUACACAACCAACAAACAGCGUGAUAAACAGCAGCUCAGCUAGCAAGGACUUAAAUGACCUCUUUGGAUAAUAGUUAUAAUUGUGAGCAAGAUGAUUAACAUUGUUUUAUGCCUGUUAAAAAGCUGAUUUGGAUAAAUUUGAUAUAAUGAAAUGAACAUGAGAAAGAAAUAUUUCCACAGUGACUAAUAUAUUUCAUUUGUCUAUCUGUUUACUUUUCUUAAGUAAUUACAAGCCUCUGCCCUAAAUUUCAUUGUUUUUAAAUCAGGUUGUAUCAAUCUGAGCACCCAGAGUAAUGAUUAAUAAAUAAAGACUGCAUAUCUACCAAUUUUAGGCAUUUACGUGCUGAUUGGUCUUGCUAACUUCUACUGAUAAACAUGGUCAGAUAAUUUACUACCAGUUGCAAACUGGGUUGUUCCAAGUGCACAAGACCUGAAAAUGUGUGCAUUAAGUGACUAGGUGGUAAUGUGGGAUUUCCGCCUUCUGGAGUUGGCAUGGAAAUUGUUACAUAAGCCAGAAUUUCUUUAGUACUGCUAGUUUCACUGGAAUUACCAACAAAUAUAUCAUCCAAUAAUCCUAUAAAUACUACAUCACCUGUUGUAUAGCAGAGGCCAAUUGUUAUGUUUCCUUUAGAUAUCCUAAUUAUUGUAUAUUUCUACAUACAAUAAAUGAUUUAUCAGCAAUCCAGGGUCCAGCAUAUGCAUCUAAAGUAUGUGCUAAACCUUGGCUUUUGAAUAUUCCUCUGUCUGAAUUUGAUAUAUCUAGUUAGAAAUAAAGAUGACUUGUGGUUGAAUGUAUUAAUGUGGCAUUUUCUGGGGAAAUAUGAGAGCUAAAAUUGGUGGACAAAACCACAAUUAUUUACCCUAAAACAUUCUUCCCCAACAGAGAGUGUUUUGAAAAUAUUUGUAGAAUAGAAGUUUUUUACAUUGAAAAAUACUGCAAACUGAAUGCUCUGAUUUACCUCUUAAUAUCUAAAUGUCUGCCCAACCAGAGCACUUACAUUUUUGGCAUAAACUUUAAAAAUGUUAUCUAAAAGGCUUAGUUAAUUUUAUCAUGCUUAUUAUAUUUGAUAUCCAACCAUUAAAAUAGUACAGUUGCAUAUUAAAUGGAACAGAUGUCAGUUGAGCAGCAAAGCUGGUAACUUUUCUGGAUACUUAAAGUACAAGCAGUACAUCUUCAUAUAAAUAUUUGUUAGGGAAUCAGAUUUGAUUGCCAUUGGCAGAAGCCUUUUUGUUUCUUCAGAUUUAAGUAGAUGAGCUUUAAAUAAGACAAUGUUAUUUACUGAAAUGUGUUUUUUUCUCAUUGAGACCCUGUCGGAAUAUAUAGAAGAAUAAACUUUUUAUAUCAAUUUGGAGAAAACAAUCAACUUGCAUCUGAAUAUAGUUUUUAGUGUAAAAGCUUUCUUUAAGUAAAAGCCAAUAGUAAAUACUGCUUUAUAGAGAAGGGAAGUUUUUCCCCUUUAUUUCUUUCCCAGAACAUUGGUGAUCUAUCAUACACAAUUUUUGGGAAUGUAGCAAAUUAUAUUGAGAAGAUGUGUAACCUUUUUGUUGGAAAGAAAGCUAACACUUUAUUUUCAGUAUCUUUCAUUGUUUAAACUGUUUCCAUUUGCUGCUUAAGAAACCAAAGGUGCUUAUGCUGUGAAUGUGAAUUGUAUUUUCUUAAAUUAUAUCUCAAUUAUAAACAGUAAUGGUGUUAAAUAUAUCUUAAGGAUUUACUUUAUUUUUCUGCCUUAGUACUUUUAUUUUAUAUCUUUGGACCAGUGAUAAUAUUAUUUAUCAUAAAAAAUCACUUGUGCAAUUUAUGUACUGUCAAUAUUUUGUUGAAGUAUGUUUAAUUAGCCACAUGUGUAAAAAUUAUGAAUGCUAAAUAUGCUGUAUAUGCAGUUCUUUGUAUAGUUCAAGGUUUCUUUAAAUUUCUUAUUUAUGGUCUAGAAGGAUUUCCCAAAUAUUAAACAUUUUUUUAAAAAGAAAAAUAAAUAUAUUGAAGAUACAAGUUUGCUAUAAUAUAUGAAAAAUGUUUACAAAAAUGUAAAAUACUAGUAUAUCUUUACAAUGCUGUUUGUUAAAAAUUCAGCUUUUAUAAUGUAUUUGAAUUUCUUAAGAUAGCUAUAGAAAAUGUUUCCUUUAGCUCCACCUCACUAAUAAAAACUUGCAUUCCAAUAUAAUAUCACUGGAAGUAGCAGAGCUUUGAUAGUAACUAAUGAUAUGAGUGUUUUACUGUUCUUUCAUACAGUGGAAAUUUCAUUUGAUGUAAGGCUAUACAUGGAAGUUAACCUAUAAUGGGGAGGGAUCCUUCAUGCCUCAGUGGUGUAAAAGUUCUUGAAGCAUUUUUAUACAUGGCCAAUAUCAUAAUUGUAUAACCAAAUAUUUUACCUAACUUUCAUAAGACACAAAAAAGAAAUAAGGCAUAUGAACAGUUCACUAACAGUAUACUAUAACUCUUUAAUAAAGAUUACUUGUUUCCAAAAUAGUAAACAACCUGAAUUUCAAAGAAAACAGUUCACUGAUUUGCUGGAAAAAAAAAAUUGUUCAGUCUCUUCUAUGAGGUGUACAUUUAAAACUAAUUUAGAUACAGUGAGCCUGGAUAUAUUAUGGGGCUUAUUUAAAGAUAUUUUGGCCUGUGAAUAGAUGCAGCUGCCUUUAUAGCAGAUUACUUUUUUCUUUUACAGUGAGCCAAGCAAAUGAACUACCAUCUUAAGAGGAUGCUUGGAUUAUAUCUGUGAUAUUAUGUUGUCAACCUUUAAUAUUAACACAAGCAUGGAAUUUAAAAAGAUAUUUAAAGUCGAGAAGCAUUUUUCUUCAGGAUAUAUUUCAUGAUUUCUCCUUUUUAAAAAAUGAUUUCAUUAAUCACAAUAAAAAAAAUUUAUUUCACCUCAAUUUUUUUAGAAUACCAAAAACAUGCUUUUAAAAAUGUAUUCAGAAGUUUGGAUGGUUAAGAAAAAUAUUUUUAGAUAACACCAACUUUAACUCUGAUCUCAUUAAGAAGAAUAAAGUUCUAUCUACUGACAUGAGCUAAAAUUUAUGAAUAAAAUAGGCCACUGAGCCACAUCCAUAAGAAAGAGCUUGGGGACAAAGGUCUGCCUAGUUACAGUGCAGGUGAAAUGUGUAUGAAAGGAAAGAAAUUGUCUUUUCUCUACCAAAUAAGAGGACCAGUUUUCAUGGAUGCUGACCUCACUCAGAAAAGUUAGAGUAGCAAAAUUUAAGAAAUAUUAGAUAAAUAUUUAAGUAGAUGUUUCCAUUCUCAUGUUUUUCUGAAUUUAAAAUUAUAAAAUGCUAAUUUUUCUUCCUUCUGCAGCAAUUCUUCAUUUUAUGUUUUAAACAGAAGGUGUAACUAUGGUUUUGUUGAGUUGGAUAAACAAACUUCUUUUAAAGUACAUCCAAUAUUUUGGUCUUACUAUAGUGAAAUAAAUCUGGCAAAUAACAUAUAUACUUUAAUAAAGGCUUCUGAUAUUUGAUUUGUGUACAGUGAUGUGUGACAACAGGCUUAUAGUUGUCCAUAGGUAUGAUCCAUAUAACAAAUUAUUGAUUAUACCUGUUCAUGUCAUGGCUAUAUCGGUUUAGGCAAAAGGCAAAUACAUUAUUUUAAAUAAAAUAAUACUCUAAUGGCAUAUCUCCAAUCUGACCUCGUGAAUAUUUUCUAAAUAUUGAUGAGCUUGUGCAGCACAUGAUUUUAAAAAAUAAUUUUUAAAACACAUAGCAAUCCUACAAAAAUUAAGCUUUUGUUUAUGAACUCAGGCCUGAUUAUUUGAUUGUUAAUUGUUCAGUCUUUAAGCAUUAAUUUCUAUGUUUAAAAUUAUACAGCACUCAAAUUCUUAUGUGUAAAGUGAUAUUCUAGUGUUGUGGUUUGUAUAGGAUAAAUAUUUGGAACAUGAAAUUCUAUUUUGAUUUAUUGGACUUUUGCUGUUUUUUGAAACAAAUACAUUGAUAUCAAUUUUUAAAAUUGUUAACGCUUAAAAUAUGUAAAAUGUACAGUCAUGGUUAUAAGAAAUUCCUACUAUUUUGUACUGUGAAUGAAUAAUUGUAGUUUUCAAAUAGUCAAUGAUACUGUUACUGGAAUAAAGGUUUUGUGUUUUUUC